AUGGUGUCCAACGAGAAGGACAACGAGGUUGUCAUACUUGAGCAGCAGAGAACCAACGAUGAGUUCCCUGAGAAGUCUGUGCCUGCCAUCGCCAAGGUUGAUUACUCUGGUGCCUACGAAAAGACCGACCCAAGGGAAAUCGCCCUUGUCAAGAAGCUCGACCGAUGGAUCAUGCCCAUGCUGUGGUCCAUGUACUGGCUCAAUUAUCUCGACCGCAACGCCAUUGCGCUCGCUCGUCUCGACGACCUCGAAGAGAAACUCAACCUCACCAGCACACAGUACCAGACCUGUGUGUCCAUCCUCUUCGUUGGUUACCUUCUGGGUCAGAUUCCCUCCAACAUGUUCCUCAACCGAACUCGCCCAUCCCGCUACAUGGGUAUUUGUAUGAUGCUAUGGGCUGUCGUCUCUGCCCUGACUGCUCUAGCGAAGGACUUCAAGGGCCUCUUGCUUACUCGCUUCUUCUUGGGUGUCACGGAGGCUCCUUACUACCCCGGUGCCGUCUAUCUCCUCUCGAUGUUCUACAACCGUAAGGAGGUCGCCACCCGGAUUGCUAUCCUCUAUACCGGUAACAUUCUCGCCACUGCCUUCGCUGGUCUGAUUGCAGCUGGUAUUUUCCACGGUCUUGGUGGCGUUGCCGGCAUCUCUGGCUGGCAGUGGCUUUUCAUCCUCCAGGGUAUCGUUACCUUCCUGAUUGCCAUCGUCGGUUUCUUCCUGCUUCCCGACUUCCCUCACAACACCUGGUGGCUCACACAGGCUGAGCGCGAUCUUGCUGUCAGUCGCAUGGCCAUCGAUACUGUCGGCAAGAGCGAGGACACCUCCGUCUGGACUGGUUUCCGCCAGGCUGCUAAGGACCCCAUGGUCUGGGUUUUCGCCUUCAUGGCCCACAUGCACUUGGCCGCCAAUGGCUUCAAGAACUUUUUUCCUACUGUUGUCCAGACUCUUGGCUUCAGCACCACCGUUACCCUCGUCCUUACCUGCCCACCCUACCUCAUCGCCGGUGCCGUCACCAUCGCUGUCUCUUGGUCUUCCGGAAAGUUCAACGAGCGCACAUGGCAUAUCACCAUCUCUAAGAUUGUCGCUACCAUCGGUUUUCUCGUCGCAUGUGCGCCCCUUGGUGUUGCAGGCCGCUACGUCGCCAUGGUCAUCUUCACCAUUGGAACAUACGGUGUCAACUCUCUUAUCCUAGGUUGGUGCGGAUCUACUUGUGGCCAGACUCCUGAGAAGAAGGCUGUUGCCAUUGGUAUCGUCACCACCAUCAUGAACGCCUCCUUCAUCUGGACACCCUACUUGUGGCCCAAGUCCGAUGCUCCCCGCUAUGUCAUCGCUCUUUCCUCCUCUGCUGCUUUCUCCAUUGCCACCUUCCUCACCGCCUGGGUUGCUAAGAUUAUGUUCAUGCGCCGCAACAAGAAGAUGCGCGAGUCGGACGCUGAUGUCCAGACCUUUUUCGUCUACUGA